AUGCUGCUGAUUGGAAGCUUCUUUCGGCGAAUCACCAAGGACUUACGUCAAAAAGAAUUACUACCAUUGAAACUUAUAUUUUUUGUCCAAGCGUCAACGUUGUACGUGCUCUAUCCUUAUCUGACGAUACACAUGAGAGAACUCGGAAUAAAUGUCGAAGAAACGGCAAUUAUGAGCGCGGUAACUCCGUUCAUAGCAAUUGUGAUGCCACCGGUCGCUGGAGUCGUCGCAGAUCGAAUAGGAAAUUUCAAGAUAAUGCUGUCGUUCUUCUCGUCACUGGGAGGCGCAGCCGCGCUUCUGCUGCUGCUAGUUCCAAUCGGGAGAGUCACUGUUAAGUAUCCAGACCAACUAGUAAUGGAUUUAGGCUGCUCUAGAAAUGAUAGUAAUAUAAUAAUUACGAUUAAUCAAAUGAAUCAUCAUUGUGAUAAUCGUGUUAAUCCUGAUAUAAUGGCGAGAGUACAGAGCUGCGGUUACAUUUGCCACGUUGACUUGCACAAUCAGACUCAUCUUGACAAUAUUUUGACGGCUAAGGCUUAUUCCGUCGAGUUCUUCUACGACCACUACAAUAACGAGACCUCCUCUCACCGCGUUCAAUAUAAAAGGCCUUUCAAUGAUUACAAUCAGACUGAAAUGACACGAAGUGAAAUAAUGGAACACCGUACAUUUAAAAACAAUGAGUUUUACAACUCUUGCAUACGGCAAUUAUCACGUAGCACGGUAUUCUUUCCCACGGAUAAUCAUUUGGAAUUCACCUGUCGCACUUCAAACCACCUAGAAACAGAAACAAACACCACUACUGACAGAACUGUCUGCAACUUUAAGCAAUCUCCCACGGAAAUAUCUCCAGACCCCCAUGACCGAGGCUUUACCGGGAAAGCCCGAGUACUCGCGGAUUCUGAUUUGGACGUUCUGGAGAAAAGAAAGAGGCUGAUUUUGGAGAAAUUGAGCAGCGGCUCGGAAUGGAAUCUCGCUAAAUGCGAAUCUGCUAAUCGGCCUUACAGGGUUUCUGCCCAGAUAAAUAAAUCUUAUUCGCUCAUUAAACCCGCAGGUAUAAUCGGCGGUACAGCAUUUGCGAUGUUCGAAGGUGCAGUUAUCGCAAUAUUACGUGAGCAAAAUGCUGAUUAUGGGCUGCAAAGAAUUUAUGGGAGUAUUGGAGGCAUGAUAUCAUCACCAUUAUCAGGAAUGCUAAUUGACUAUGCCAGCUCCGGCAAAGAAUACACCGACUUUAGACCGGCGUUUUAUCUCUACGCGGGUCUCAAAGUGAUAACGGGUGGGCUGAUGCUCGCCAUUAACCUCGAAUUCAAGUCACCGGCCCACAAUGUUUUGAGCGACGUCAUCACUGUGCUAAAAAACGUCGAGAUAGUAGCUCUUUUGCUGGCCUGCUUCAUGCUAGGAACGGCAUGGGGUUACGUAGAGUCCUUCCUCUUCUGGUUUCUCCAAGAUCUAGGAGGCUCAAGGUCACUGAUGGGCAUCACAAUAACUGUUGGAGGAAUAGCCGGGAUUCCGCUGCUAGUUUUAUCAGGCCCGAUUAUCGAAAGAAUUGGUCACGCAAAUGUAUUGUUCAUCGGUUUUAUUUUCCAUGCAAUUCGCUUACUCGGUUACUCAUUGAUUUGGAACCCUUGGCACAGUUUGAUUUUUGAAGCGCUGGAAUCAGUAACAACAUCUCUAAGUUUCACCGCGGUUGUUACGUACGCGGCCAAACUGUCAACGACAACAACCGACUCAUCAAUCCAAGGUCUACUUGGCGGGCUUUAUUACGGCGUCGGAAAAGGCGCGGGCAGUCUAAUGGGUGGCUUUAUAAUGAAAGCGGUAGGAACACGUCCAACUUAUCAAAUUUUCGCGGUGGUAUCAUUAGUAAGCGGGCUGAUAUAUUUCAUCUUCAAUAUGUGUUAUCUUCGCAAGCGGCCGCAAGUCGAGGGUAACGACAUCGUCAAGAAAGACCCAAAAAAGUCCAUCGAAAAUGGGCUGGCCGUUACAGAAAAGGGAAAAAAUGACAACAUCAAUAUCAAGUACUCAAAAAACAAGGCCAGCGAAAACGGAGGCUUCAACAAGGAAGAAAUAAAUUUAAAUUUAAAUAGUAAUUCUAAUUCUAAUUCAAAGGCGAUUGACUCUAAGAAUCAGAAUCAGAAUCAGAAUCAGAAUCAGAAUCAGAAUCAGAAUCAGAAUCAGAAUCAGAAUCAGAAUAAGAAUAAGAAGAAGAAUAAGAAUAAGGCUGCCGAAGCGAGAGAAGCGCAGCAAAACGUCGACAUUAUCAAGCCCCUGCCGGAAGAGAAGCCUAAGAUUAAGAAGAAGAACAAGCCGAUGAAUAACAAUGAGAUUAAUCUGAAUAAGAUUGCUACUGAAGAGGGAUUAACGAAUCCCGGGUUCGAGAAUGAUUAUUGCGGUGAUAACAGUCAGUGCAGUGUUACUGUCGAAAAAGUACCGGAAGAAGAAAACAAAUGA